AUGGUGAACGUGUGCGUUGUUGGUGCUGCCGGUGGCAUUGGGCAGCCGCUGUCGCUGCUGCUGAUGCGCCAGCUGCCGUACGGAAGCACGCUAUCGCUGUUCGAUGUUGUAGGCACUGCUGGCGUCGCGGCGGACCUGUCACACGUGGACAAUGUCGGCGUGCAGAUCAAGUACGCGACAGGCAAGGUUGGUGUCCCGCGCGACCCUGCGCUGGCGGAGCUUGCGAAAGGUGUUGAUGUCUUCGUGGUCGUGGCUGGCGUGCCACGCAAACCGGGCAUGACGCGCGAUGACCUGUUCAAGGUCAACGCUGGCAUCAUGCUGGACCUCGUGUUGACGUGCGCGUCGUCGAGCCCGAGGGCGGUGUUUUGCAUUGUAACGAACCCCGUGAACAGCACGGCUGCAAUCGCGGCAGAGGCGCUGAAGAGCCUUGGCGUGUACGACAGGAACCGGCUGCUGGGUGUGUCGCUGCUGGAUGGACUGCGCGCGACACGCUUCAUCAACGAGGCGCGCAAGCCGUUAGCAGUAAACCAGGUGCCGGUUGUUGGUGGGCACAGCGACACCACGAUUGUGCCGCUCUUCCAUCAGCUGCUGGGGCCCCUGCCGGCGCAGGAGGUGUUGGAUAAGAUGGUGAAGCGCGUGCAGGUUGCGGGGACAGAGGUAGUGAAGGCGAAGGCUGGGCGCGGGUCUGCGACGCUGUCGAUGGCGGAGGCGGGCGCGCGGUUCACACUGAAGGUUGUGGAGGGCCUGACCGGCGCUGGUAACCCACUGGUGUACGCGUACGUGGACACGGACGGGCAGCAUGAGUUACCGUUCCUUGCGAUCCCAGUGAUCCUUGGCCGUCACGGAAUCGAGAAGCGCCUGCCGAUUGGUCCGUUGCACCCGACGGAGGAAAAGAUACUGAAGGAGGCGCUGCCGGAGAUCAAGAGUAAUAUCGAGAAGGGCAAAGAGUUCGCGCGGUCGAAGCUUUAA